CGGCAGCGCUCAGGGAGAGCAUAUCGGCCCCGGCCCCAGUCCCGGCCCCGGCCCGAGCAGCCGCCGCCUGCCAUGGGCACCGCGUCCCGCGGUGGGUCUGUGAAGGCAGGGAAGAUGCCAGAAGGGGAGAAAACGAGACAAUGUAAGCAAGAAGAGGAGCAGCCGCAGAAAGAAGAGGAGCGGGAGGGUCUCAUCGAAUUCUACAGUUCCUACCAAGAGCUAUUCCAGUUCUUCUGCACCAACACAACCAUCCAUGGGGCUAUUCGCCUGGUGUGCUCCAAAAAGAACAAGAUGAAGACAGCGUUCUGGUCUGUUCUCUUCUUUCUCACCUUCGGCUUAAUGUACUGGCAGUUUGGGAUCCUCUACAGGGAGUACUUCAGCUACCCUGUCAACCUCAACCUCAACCUGAACUCUGACAGGCUGACUUUCCCAGCCGUGACACUGUGCACCCUCAAUCCAUACAGAUACAGUGCCAUCCGAAAGAAGCUGGAUGAGCUGGACCAAAUCACCCAUCAGACACUGCUAGACCUUUAUGACUACAACAUGUCUCUGCCACGAAGUGACUGGUCCACCCUGUCUACACAAAAGCGUAGCUCAAGGAGCCUGCUCCAUCAUGUCCAGCGCCACCCUUUGCGGAGGCAGAAGAGGGAUAACUUAGUCAACUUGCCAGAAAACAGUCCCUCAGUGGAUAAGAAUGACUGGAAAAUUGGCUUUGUUCUGUGCAGUGAAAACAACAAGGACUGUUUCCAUCAGGCAUACUCCUCAGGAGUGGAUGCCGUGCGGGAAUGGUACAGCUUUCACUAUAUCAAUAUCCUGGCACAGGUGCCUGAUGCAAAAGCCCUGGAUGAGUCUGACUUCGAAAAUUUCAUCUAUGCUUGCCGCUUCAAUGAAGCAACAUGUGACAAGGCGAAUUAUACCCACUUCCACCAUCCCUUGUAUGGGAACUGCUAUACCUUUAAUGACAACAGCAGCAGCCUAUGGACAUCCUCGAUGCCUGGGAUCAAUAAUGGUCUCUCUCUGGUGGUGCGCACCGAACAGAAUGAUUUCAUCCCUCUGUUGUCCACGGUGACAGGAGCCAGGGUCAUGGUCCAUGAUCAGAAUGAGCCAGCCUUCAUGGAUGAUGGGGGCUUCAAUGUGCGUCCUGGUAUCGAGACCUCCAUCAGCAUGAGAAAGGAGAUGACUGUGCGUCUUGGGGGCAGUUACAGUGACUGCACAGAGGAUGGCAGUGACGUGCCAGUGCAAAAUCUGUACUCAUCCCGCUACACUGAACAGGUCUGCAUUCGCUCCUGCUUUCAGCUGAACAUGGUUGAGCGCUGUGGCUGUGCCUAUUACUUCUACCCCUUACCUGAAGGAGCAGAGUACUGUGACUACACAAAGCACGUAUCUUGGGGCUACUGCUAUUACAAACUCCUGGCUGAAUUCAAAGCUGAUGUGCUGGGCUGUUUCCACAAAUGUCGGAAACCUUGCAAAAUGACAGAAUACCAGCUGUCAGCUGGAUACUCCCGCUGGCCUUCUGCUGUCUCAGAGGACUGGGUUUUUUACGUGCUUUCACAACAGAACAAAUACAACAUCACAUCCAAGAGGAACGGAGUUGCCAAAGUGAAUAUCUUUUUUAAGGAGUGGAACUACAAGACCAAUGGGGAGUCUCCAGCCUUCACGGUAGUGACUCUUCUGUCCCAGCUUGGGAACCAGUGGAGUCUCUGGUUCGGAUCCUCUGUCCUUUCUGUGAUGGAGCUUGCAGAGCUGAUUCUGGAUUUCCUUGCCAUCACCUUUAUCUUGGCCUUCCGCUGGUUCCGUUCCCGGCAGAAGCUCUCUCCACCGGGACCCCCUCCAAACAGUCAUGAUAACACUGCUUUCCAGGAUGAGACACCAGGUCUCAGUGCUCCACAUCGCUUCACUGUUGAGGCUGUAGUGACCACUCUGCCAUCCUAUAACAGCCUGGAACCACGUGGGCCAAGCAGGGAUGGUGAGGUGGGACACAACUGAGGCAGCAGCUUAUUCCACCGUUCAGAUGGGUGGCAAUUGGAGCAAAGGCUGCACACUUUGCUGUGGGACCUGUGUUUCCUUCCUUCUUGGGUGCUGCACCUGAAUCAUAGCAGAAGACUGCUCUGUGGUUGGCCUGGGUUCAUUGCUUUCACUACAGUAGGUGAAUUACUCAGUCUCGUAAAAUACUAUUGCUCUGGGGAUCACCAGGGAUGAGAGUUGAUCUAGUCUAUGUAUGGGGGAGAUGUCCUCUUGAUUUCCUUACACUCUGUGCAUGUGCACACCUACACAUGCGUGCAUGCUUGCUUUUCCCCGCAACAAGGAUGCUGCCACCGUUCUGGUCUGUCAUUAAUUAAAGAGGUUUGGCAGGUGUGA